GUGUAAAUAAUAUUUGCCAACCAAAAUGGCCCACACGUUUGCAGAAGAUCAAUAUGGAAAGAAGGUUGAUCAUUGUUUAACAGACACUUUUCUCAAAUUUGGUGGCGGAUUGAUUGUUGGUACAGUCUUUUCGGUAGUAUUGUUUAAACGUCGCUCUUGGCCGAUCAUUAUAGGAUCUGGGUUCGGCAUCGGUGUAGCAUAUAACAAUUGUGAACGUGCUUUGAAUUCAAGCAAAUAACUUUAGGCUUGUGGAAUUACACGACGUUAUGUC